AUUUUCGGUCGGCAAAAAAUUUUCAUCAACCCAGAAAUACCGUAACUAUUUUUUGACUUUUAAUUAUUUUAUUCAAUUAACUUAAAGUGUCGAAAUUUGUCUGUGUUACCUAACUCGAGACACUUUUCUCUAUUCAAUUUCCUAGUUUUUUUAGUGUGGACCUGCCCAAAUGUUCAUUUUUUUUUGGGCGGAACUUUCUUCGCGCGGAGUUUGCCCGCUCGCGCUUGGGAGCGUUGAUCUUUAGUCAUGUGUUGGUUUGUUGAUUUCGUUUCUCGACCCAUUUGCGAACUGAUUUUCCGGACCUGCUUCCCAUGAUUGAUUUCUCAGGUGAUGUUAAUGACAAACCAAGCUCUUAAUGGAUUAUGUUAACCAGCAAGUGGAGAACUCAACUAAGUAGUCAGCGCUGGAUUUCUCUUUUCAAACUAUAUGGAACCAUCAAAUGAAUGUUGUAACAAACUGCAGUAGAAAAAUCAAUUGUUUUUGCCGUUCAAUCCAUCAAAGUAUUGCAAUUUUAUUACAUCAAAUUAUUUACGAUUGAAUAAUUUAUCGCAAUCUGCCAGUGGAGGUGAGUGAGUCCAAUUUUUAUCAAAUUCAUAACCGUACUGAAGAACUCUCAUCUUUACGAAUCAACUCUGGUUCAUCCAAAUCUCGACCAAGCAGAAGAUAUUUUUGUCAAGGUUGUCAACUGUGAUUCAGAGAAGUUCCUGUUGACUUGCUUAGUCCUGGUCACCCUCUGAAGUAAUUGGUUCAAAUUGAAAGUCAGCUUUUAGUGCAAGCAAUAUAGUAAAGAAAUGGAAUUGAAUACAGAGUCAGUAGUGCUACCUGAUGAUCAAAAUAAAAUUUUUUGUGACCGGAUGAUCCCGUGUAAGGAAGAUGGUUCUGUAAAAAAUGUAUCAACUGUUGGAGAUAGUCCUGAAUUUUCAUCCAAAGAAGAAACUGACAGCUCUAAUAGCAGUUUAUCUCCCAUUGUGGAAACAACUAUGGUGUGCAAUGAAAAAGCCAGUUCACCUCUGAACUCGAAAUUCCCAGACUUAUCUACCUUUCCUAAUGGAAGUCUAACAGACGAAGAAAAUCUUACAACAUUUGACAGCAAAAAGAAAAAUGGAAUCUUGGGACCUACUUCUGAAAAGCUGCAAAGUGUGCAUUUUGAAGUUUCCGAUGCCAAGAAAAUUGCCAUUGUUGAGGAUGAUUCCCGUAAGCGCAAUGAUGUCAACAAUGGGAAGACCUGUCUGCCGAUUGAGAACGACUUCAGUGAUAUACUCAAGUGUUCUCAGUUUGUAAGGACAGAGAAGAAAGAAUAUUCUACUGAUGCCGUGAAUCUAGACGAAUUGGAUCAAUCAGUGUCAAAAAUCUUAAAUUCGACAAAGAAUGUUUCUGCAACAAAGAAUGAUGGAAAGACUGAACCCUCAGUAAGCACUGGACUAGAUUCAGAGACUGCUGUAGGGAAGGGUGACCAUACAUAUCACCUACCACUCUCAAAAUUAGAAAACGGUGGGGGAGAUAUUGCGAACAAGGCUACACCCCAAAAUGUCUCUAGCUUAGAAAAGUUAAAUGACCACUUGCGACCGAUUCUUGAUGCUAACUCUAACCUUUCAUUGACAAAUUCAAAUGGUGAGGUUUGUGAGUUUCCCAUUAGUUCCAUUGAAUCCUCCAUUCAAAAUUUUAAAGGUUCAAAACAGGAGAAUCUUUCAUCACUCAAAAGUAAGUGCACAUUGUCAACUGAAGAGAAGGAGGAACCAACCUUAAAGCAAAACGUUGACAUAGUGACCAAAGAGAUUCAAGAAUCGUCCACUUCUUUGCUUGGAACCAAAGUCACAUCUGUUUCAAAUGAUGCAUGCAGAAAUGAGUCUACUUCAAUGGAGACAGACAAUCAGCUUACCAAAGAAAAGAUAGAAAGCUCCUCUAUCCCAUCAUCCUCGUCGGAAUCGCAAUUGAAAUGUGUAAGCACAAAUAUCAGUGCUCAAAGUCCAGAAGGAGAAGGAAUCACACCUAAGCAACUAGCCAAAUCUGAUGAUGUUCAAGCCGAAAGUCCUGUCAACGAUAAAAGUACAUCCAAGGAUGCGGGAAAUGCCAGCUCGGAAGAAUCCGUCUCAACUGAAAUGAGUUAUGACUGUAACGAGUGUGGUGCAAGAAUGAAAACGCAAAACUCUCUUUUCACCCACAAAAAAAUGCAUCUAAGAGGGUCCAUUGCAUCGGCGACAAUCCUCAAGCGAAAAUUUGAAGCAAGCGAAGAAAAUGAGGCUCCGAAAGAGGUGAAGCGCAAAAGAGGAAGACCUAAAUUGAUUAAAUCAGAAAAAAGUGUGAACGCUGACGAUGUGACUCCUUUGAAAGAGAAUGUUGCCAAGAAAGUUUUGAGAAAAGUGGUGCCUGCAGUUGAAGUGAAGAAGUCCCAAUCGAAGCAAAAGGCAAAUGAAGUGAAAGAAAACAAAAUCUCCAACAACGAUAGGGCAACGAGAAGAGUAAGGAAUCUGAAACUGCGCGAGCCUGUCCUGGCUAAAGUCAACUCAAACAAGCCAAAAAAUACUUUGAAGUCUGAAAAUCGCGACAUUGGUCCCACCAAAGAGUAUCCUAAAAUUGAAUCUGUUCAAGCCAAAGGGAAAACCAAAAACUUUUAUUCCACUACUGUUGAAAGAGACCUGCAGCGGAAAUUUGUGUGUUCAGAGUGUGGAGCUAAAUUCAAACGGAAUGACCAUUUGAAAAGGCACCAGUUGCUGCACUCGGAGAAAACAUUUCAAUGUUGUGACUGCGGUAUGAAAUUUUAUCGUGGUGACAAACUGAAGCUGCACACUUUCAGGCACCAUCUUAAAGUGUCUUCAUCGGCUGCCAAAAGUAAUAUUAUGAGCAAGGCCAAUAAAUCCGCCAAGGUUGUAAAUCCUAAAGUGAACUUGAAAAAAGUGGCAGUUGUGAAGGUUUCGAAAAUUCCAAAAAGAAGCGUAGAAUGUCACAGGUGCGGGAUUCAAUUCCGGCGUAUCAUUCCACCUAAGACUGAUAAGUCCGGUCUAAGCCGACGCAAAAACUCUUGCUGUAUUAGUUGCGGAGCCAAAAUGCUCGAUGAAAUUAAUUGAUUUUUUUUCUUUGUUUUAUGUUUUUUUUUUUUUCAUUUUACACCAUAGUUUCCUCUUCCUUU